AUGGCCGCCGAGCUGCAGGUCGGCGCCGAUGUCAAGGUUCCCGGGCGCGGCCCAGGGAAGCUGGCCGCGGACCAGGGCGUCGUCCCCGUGGCGGAGAUCGAGCCGCUGCCGCCCAUCGGCGCCGACACGCUGGUCGUCGGCACGAGCGCGGCCACGGCGGUGGUGAUCUGGAUGCACGGGCUGGGGGACUCGCCCGAGGGCUGGGCCCACGUGGCCCGCCGGGUGCAGCGGCAGCUCGGCCACACCAGGUGGCUGCUGCCCUGUGCGCCGAAGAACCCGGUCUCGUGCAACAGGGGCAUGGUCAUGACCUCGUGGAUGGACCUGCUGGCCAUCCCGAUCUCGCCCACGACGCCUGACAACGGCCUCCACCUGCCGGAGAGCGUGGCCAUCGUCCACCAGCUCGUCGACUCCCAGCUGGCGCGGGGCGUGCCCGCGAGCCGCAUCGUCCUCGGCGGGUUCUCGCAGGGCGGGGCGCUGUCCCUCGUCGCCGCGCUGAAGUACCCGCAGAGGCUCGCCGGCGCCUGCGUGCUGUCCGGCUGGUGCCACCCGAGCGCGGGCGUGCCCGCGCUGCUCGAGGCGUCCCCCAGCCGGCCCAGCCGCUUCCUGGUGUGCCACGGCGACGCCGACGCCGUCGUCCGCCCCGGCUGCGGCGGCGCCGUGCGGGAGGCCCUGGCGGCCGCCGGCUCCCCGGUGGCCUUCCGCUCCUACCCCGGGAUGGGCCACAGCUCCUGCGAGGCGGAGCUGCAGGACCUGGAGUGCUUCCUGCGGGAGGUGCUGCCGGAGGAACCUGGCUGCCCCGCCCCUGCGGCGUGA